UAUUUUUUUCAGCGACAAAUUCAUUUCAGCGACAAACUUCAUUUCAAUGGCAAAUUUAGUUUUUAAUGACCAAUUUCUUUUUUUUUUUUUUAAUGAGCUAUAUCUAUCCCGACCUGCAGGAGGCAGCAGUGCCGCAGCAGGUUUCCCGCCUGCUUCAAGUGCAGAAGAACAGGAAGAAGAAUUUAAAGGAAAUGGCGCUCACUUGCGGUACCACUACUUGGUAGACGUGCAGGCCAUAAUUCCUCUGGUACAACUUCGACAGUCGGUCGGUGGCUGUUUGAUCACAUUUUUCGGACAGAUACAACACCAACUAUUUUCCGUGUUGUUAAAAUUAAGCUGGAAACAACAGCAACAUGACAACUACAAAUGAUGAACCAGCUGAAAAAAGGAAAAAAACAGAAAGCGACAGUGGGGAAAGCAGUCCGCCUCCGAAUGUACAACCUGUUGCACAGGAAGAGGAGCCACACCCAACUCAUUCUUUCGAGUGGCGCUGUCAUGGCAAGACAUCCACUACGAUCACCUGCAACAAAGCCGGAACUGUUGAGGACGUCCUGAAGAGAAGUUCACUGUUCAAACAGCUUGCAGCAAAGUACAAAGACAAGGAGCUUGUCAUUCUAAAAGACUUUAAAGCUAUCAGUUCACACUUUCCAUGCAGUUUAAUUAAAAAUGAACGUCUGACUCUGAAGUAUGUGAAAGCUGUCAACAAACCUGGAAAAGCGGUUAGUCAGUGUGUUUCUUCUCGCAAGAAAGGACCAUCUAGCGAGCUUGUGAUGUUUCAUGUGUUGGCAAAGGGAGGUAAAAAUGUAGUAAAAAUCCUGAAAAAUCCAGCACUAAAAACAAAUAUUCAGGAACUUACCGUUUAUGCGUACAAAGGGGAGAAAGUGAAGCAAGCUCUAAAAAGAGAUGGUCGUUUUCUCAGUACUAUAUUCGGAAAGAAUUGUGCACUUUCUGAGAAAAGCACUGAAGUAAACACGGAGAUGUCUAAUCUGGUUGAUGAUCUUGAUGGUAAAACUUACCAGAUUAUUCUGCUUGAUAAGUCGAGUCCACCAGCGAGUCAGUCUAGCAGUCUUGAUGAUGCGUACAUGACGCAAAGCGAUUCUCAGGGAAAUGGUCCUGAUGAAAGCCAAGACUCCUCACAGCAGUCUACCACAACUGAUUCAGAGAAUAACAACCUACCAGAAAAGAAAUCAAAGCUUCACGGUGUUAGGAAACCAGAAAAUGUAUUGCGUGAAAUACCCUAUUCAAAAAAGUUGCAGAUUCAGUUAAUUUCAAAGUUCAACAAUUCGAUGAACAGCAUGAAAACUCAAGUUCCUAAACUUUCUCGCAUCCAGAAUCUGCUCCGUGUGGAGUACGGAAAGAAUGCUGACACAUGCAGAGAGGUGAAGACGAUGAAGAAGCUGAUGGAGCUUAGUGAUUCUGUUUGUCAGGUGAGGAUAAAUCAGAGACCGGCUGGAAGUGGCUUUCUGCUGUUUGACAACUUUGUCCUCACAAAUGCCCAUGUUAUUAAAGACAUUUAUAGUGACACUAGGAGGAAGCUUGACAAGCUUGUCACUGUCAAUUUCUGCUAUGAAAGUCUGGAACAGACAGAGGGACGGUCAGUCAAGGUGGAAGAGGUUGUUGGUAUUGAGUACUGUCCUGAUGUGUCACCAUGUGACUGGGCUUUGUUAAGACUUGGUGCUAAUGAGAAUUUGCCCCGUGGUCUGUUACCACACUUUGGAUUCCUUCCCAAAAGCGGUGCAAUUUGUAUUAUUGGGCAUCCAGAUAGUGGUGUGAAACAAAUAGAUCCCUGUCUGAUUGUUCCAACUGAGAACCGCAUCCAGGUUGUGGAGAGGCAUUAUUGGGACAAUCAAGAACACAUUCAGUUGAUAACUAAGCGUUUCUUUGAGGACGUAGCAAACUAUGUUCAACAACAUUCCCAGGUCCUGACUUAUGAGACUGGUUUUUAUGACGGCUCAUCUGGCUCUCCUGUUUUUGAUAAGCACUGUAAUGUUGUUGCAAUGCAUUCUGGGGGAUUCUCCUAUGAGGGCACAAGUGGUAAAAACAGUGUUAUCGAGUUUGGCCAUCCUCUGUCUGGCAUCAUUGAACACAUGAUUCUCCAGAUGGGGGAGAGAAGGAGGUUUAAUGAGUUGAAGGGUUUUCUUGCUUGCAGAUUUGCUCAACGCCAAGAAAUUCUGAUCAAUGUCAAGAAGCUGGUUGAGAGCAGAAAUCCUUCGGUGAACAUAAAUGACCAGAGUUUGAAGAUGAUGUUUGAACUCUUCUCUCAAGUAGAGGAGCCUGUCCCAAUGGAGAUUAACUGAGCGCACACAUCAUGACAAAGCUGACUGCAGACAAAGAUAGAGUGAAAGCAAUUUUAGCAGUGAAUGACACGACUUCAACUUUUAUAUAUCA